CGUUAUUCUACCGAAGUUUCUUAAAAUAGUCAUUCGUUUUUUUCGCAAACUUCCAUGUGGAAGCAAAUUCGCAACCGGCCAACGCUCAGCUUGUAGAAAAUUUAAUAAAAACGUUAAAAAUUCAUUUAUAUCAAUUUAAAUCAAACAAAUUAUAUAUUUAUUAAUAUUAUUUGUGCUCUCUUCAACACGACAACAGCAAAAAUCAAUUGGAAAUUGCACAAAUUUAUGUAAAAUCUAACAAUAAAAGUGACACUGUGAAAUAUUAAAUAAAAAACGAGACUACAGCGAACAAUAGAAAAGAAAUAUAGAAAAAAUACAACAACAACAUAAAGAAAAAGUAAAGAGGCAGGCAGUGGCGUAAAGAAAAAGGCACGAAAGUAGAAGUAAAAAAUCAAUCAUUGACGGACAAACGAAUCAUUCGCAGUAAUCAACGCAAACACCAGGUUUUAAAUUUGUGUGUGUGCAAAAAUUAACUAAUAUUAACAGAAUAAAAAAAAAAAUAAUUUAAUAAAGAUCAAAUAAACGUUUUCACAUCCGUAAAUUGCGAAACUAUAAUGAAUUCACAAAUAACCCUACAGUUAAUACAGAUCUUGGAAAAGACUGUCUCGCCUGAUAAAAAUGAACUAUUGUCGGCGAAAAACUUUUUGGAACAUGCCGCCGAAAAUAAUUUGCCCGAGUUUCUAAAGGCACUCUCAGAUAUUCUGGUCACCGUUAACAAUAGCCCCGUGGCUCGUAUGGCAGCUGGUCUGCAAUUAAAAAAUCAUUUGACCAGUAAAGAUGAGACCAUCAAUUUGCAAUAUCAACAAAGAUGGCAUCAAUUUCCCGAAGACACAAAGGAGUACAUUAAGAAAAAUAUUCUCGGCGCUUUGGGUACUGAAAAUACUCGACCCUCCUGUGCUGCUCAGUGUGUUGCCUAUGUGGCCAUCACAGAAUUACCCAUCAAUCGUUGGGGUAUCUUAAUACAAACCCUUGUCAACAAAGUGGUUACUGAGGGAUCCAGCGAAAUGGAUCGUGAGGCUGCCUUGGAAGCAAUCGGUUAUAUAUGCCAGGAAAUACGUUAUGGCGUGUUGGAAAAUCAAUCGAAUCAAAUUUUAACCGCUAUCGUCCAUGGUAUGCGCAAACAGGAACCCAGUAAUCAUGUACGUUUGGCAGCUACUACAGCAUUAUUGAAUUCGUUGGAAUUCACCAAAGCCAAUUUCGAGAAGGAUGUAGAACGUAAUUAUAUCAUGGAAGUGGUGUGCGAAGCUACCCAAUCGCCGGACACUCAAGUUUGUGUCGCCGCCUUACAAUGUUUGGUUAAAAUAAUGACACUUUAUUAUCAAUAUAUGGAGCCGUAUAUGGCUCAGGCUCUCUUCCCCAUUACGUUGGAAGCCAUGAAAUCCGAAAAUGAUUCGAUUGCAUUGCAAGGUGUUGAAUUCUGGUCGAACGUAAGCGAUGAAGAAAUCGAUUUGGCCAUUGAGAAUCAAGAGGCCAAUGAUGCUGGCCGUGCUCCCACACGCGUUUCUAAACACUAUGCUCGUGGUGCUCUGCCAUUUUUGGUGCCUGUAUUGGUAGAAAAACUUACUAAACAAGACGAAAAUGACGAGGACGACAUCUGGAGUCCCUCGAAGGCAUCAUCAGUUUGUUUAAUGUUAUUGGCCACCUGUUGUGAAGAUGAAAUCGUGCCUCAUGUAUUCCCCUUCAUCAAGGACAAUAUUGUGUCGCCAAAUUGGCGUUUCCGUGAUGCCGCCGUUAUGGCGUUCGGCUCAAUUCUAAGUGGUAUUGAAAAUAAUACUCUCAAAUCGUUGGUGGAACAAGCCAUGCCAACUCUUAUACGUUUGAUGUACGAUCAGAGCGUUAUUGUUCGUGACACCACCGCUUGGACAUUUGGACGUAUUUGCGAUAUAAUUCCGGAAGCUGCAAUUAACAAAACUUAUUUGCAACCCCUGUUGGAGUGCUUUAUACAAAGUCUUAAGGCAGAGCCCCGUGUGGCGGCUAAUGUUUGCUGGGCUUUUAUCGGUUUGUCAGAUGCUGCUUAUGAAUCAGCUGAAGCCACUGAUGGUGAAACUCCUGACACUUAUUGUCUUUCACCAUACUUUGAAUACAUCAUUACACAAUUGCUGGAGACAACCGAUCGUCAAGAUGCCAAUCAAGGCAAUUUACGUGCCGCUGCUUACGAAGCUCUCAUGGAUAUGAUUAAAAACUCACCCUUAGAUUGUUAUUUGAUUGUACAGCGAACAACUAUUGUUAUUUUGGAACGUCUUAAUCAAGUCUUGCAAAUGGAAUCACACAUUGCCAGUCACAAUGAUCGUCAUCAAUUCAAUGAUUUGCAAUCUCUUUUGUGUGCCACCUUGCAAAGUGUAUUGCGCAAGGUGCGCGAAGAUGAUGCUCCUCAGAUUUCGGAUGCUAUUAUGAAUGCUUUGCUUACCAUGUUCAAUUCGUGUUCGGGCAAAUCGGGCGGCGUGCAAGAGGAUGCAUUUUUGGCCGUCUCUACUUUGGUUGAGUUGUUGGGUUUGAAAUUCGUCAAAUAUAUGGAUGCUUUUAAGCCAUUCCUGUAUAUGGGCUUGAAGAAUCAUCAAGAAUACCAGGUGUGUUGUGCUGCUGUUGGCCUCACAGGCGAUAUUUCACGUGCUCUAAAACAACUUAUCAUACCAUAUUGUGAUGAGAUCAUGACUCUGUUAUUGGCCAAUUUGUCGGAGCCCACAUUACAUCGAAGUGUUAAGCCAGCUAUUUUGUCAGCCUUUGGUGAUUUGGCUCUCAGUAUUGGAGGAGAGUUUGUAAAAUAUUUAAAUGUAGUUUUGGAAUUGCUAAGAGCUGCUUCACAGUUGGAGGUUGAUCCCAAUAGUUAUGAUAUGGUUGAAUAUCUCAACGAAUUGCGCGAAAGCGUUUUAGAAGCCUAUACUGGCAUUAUACAGGGUCUCAAGGGUGUGGAACAAACCCCCAAUCAAGAUGUUUAUCAUUUGGAACCUCAUCUUGGUCACAUCAUUAUGUUCAUUAAACGUAUCGCCGUUGAGGGUGAUAAUUCCGAUUCUAUGGUGGCCAGUGCUGCUGGUUUCAUUGGCGAUUUAUGUACAGCCUUUGGUCCACGUCUCUUAACAUUCGUCGAUGAUGUUACCAUUACACAAUUCCUCUCUGAAGGCAAACGUUCAAAAGCCACCCGCACAAAAUCUCUCUGCAACUGGGCUACUAAGGAAAUUAAAAAAUUGCGUGAUCAUCAAACAAUAGCUCAGUAAAUCGUUUCUUCAUUUUGAAUUCUAUAUAGGGGAGCUUUGAAUUUCUAACAACUUUUUUUAAAAUUGUGUCUCAACUAUAAAAUGAUAUAUCGGGAGGAGUUUUUAAUUUCAUAAAAUAUUAUUUAUUUUUUUUUUUAAAAAAUUAUGUUUCAACUAUAAGUGGUUCCAACUGUAAAUUGCAUCAAUAUUUGUUUUAUUUAAGGUAAAAAAAAACUCCAGCUUGUACCAAAAUUUGUUAAAAAAAAGGUGCAUUAAUGUUUUUUUUCUUCUUGUAAAUUUAUGUAUAAAAAAUAUGAUUUAAAAUUAUUUCAAAAAAAAAAAUAGAAAUCUUUAAAUGUAAAAAGCACCUUUUCACUUCCUAAUUUAAAA